GUGGUGAAGGACAGUCUCUGUUUGCGGGAAGCGCAUGGAGGCGGCGGAGGCCGAGUCGGCCGUGCCGGACAAUGAUAGGAUGCUUGUGUAUGUGGGCGAGUGGACGGAAGAGGCCGAGACCAUCGAGAUGUCGGGCAUGAUGACCAAGAGCUCGGGCAAGACAAAGGUCAAGGGCUUUGAUAAGCGGUACUUUAUGCUCACUCGGGCAGCGCUGUCGUAUUGGAAGAACGAGCAGGCGUACAUCAAGGCGCCAAGCAAGAAGAUGAAGGGCAGGAUCGAGCUUGGCUCGGUGUGCGAGCUCAAGCGAAGGUCGGCCCAUCCCAAGCUGAAGAAGCCGCUCCUGGCGCUGGAGCCGUUUGAACUCCACACUGACGCCGAAGCUGAUGAUGUUGACGCCGGCGGUACCGACAACAAUGGCGGCGGAAGUGGCAGCGCGGUGCCCGGCCCAGCGAGAGUCUACGUGCUGUGCGGCGAGUCUGCUGAGGACUCGGCGCGGUGGUUCGAGGCGAUUCGGCUGGCCUGGCUCCGCCAUCCCAAGACGAUGGUGCGGUUCUCGGUCAUACCGCCGGGGCUCCCGCCGGCCAAGCCGCAGGCGCCAGAGAACAAGCCUAAUGCGUUUGAGGCGCGGGUGACCGAGACCGAGGUUGUGCGGCAGCGGGUAGGCGCUCCAGGCAAGUUGACCGUCCUGACCGUCUCGCAGGCCGGGCAAGUUUUUGCCGGAUUCGACGACGAUGCCGGGCUCUUUGAGUGGUCGCCCCGCAAGUUUGCUUUCGAAGCCGUCGACGGUGGAAGUGGGCGGGUGACCGCACUCGCGCAUGGCCGCGCCGAUGAUAGCGUUCUCUGGGCCAGCUUUGGCGCGACCAGUGAGAGCUCGGCGUCAGUCCGGCGGUUCUCGAUUCCGUCGUGCGAGUCGGGCCUUGCGCCGUUCUGCGACGCAAGCGUCGAGCUUGGGCUCCCGCCAGGGGUGACUGUCGAGUGGCUCCGGUUCUCAGAGGCCGAGAGCUGCGUGGUGGCGUACGGCAGCGACAGCAGCCUCACCUUUGUGUCAAGCCUCACCAACUCUGUUGCCGGACGGGUGACGCUCGAAGCACCGCUGGCGGCGGCUGUGCUUGCGAGCGAGGGAUCCAAGCUUGUGGGGGCGUAUGCCGGUGGCGUCUCGCGCGGUGCGCUCCAGGUCUGGCGUUGUGCGCCCGAAUUUGGCGAGCACGUUGCUGAGCUGAGCGGGGCCCAUGCGGCAGACGCGAGUUUUGCCGGGCAGGCGGCACUAUGUGCGGUAGGGCAGGGCAGGGUCCUAUCAGUUGGCUCGGACGGGGUGAUUGCGCUGUGGAAUGCAGCCGAGUGCGUGCUCGAGGCCAAGAUGAUGCACCCGGGCCAUGUACCCAUUGGCUGCGCCUACUCACGGGCAGUUGGUGCAGUGUUCAGCCUUGCGCGCGGGGUUGUCGCGGUGUGGGACGCCGAGACACUGCUGGCGCGAAGAGAGAUCGAGGUGCCAGUGGAUGUCGAGCACGUAACAGUGCUGUCGGACGGCGGAGGGGUACUGGUCUGGGGUGGCGACGAGGUGUAUGCGUACGAUGUGGCGAGCGGGGCGCAGUUGCUGAAGAUCUCGCCCGGGCUCGAUGUGCUAGCAGCGCCCGGUGACGUUGGGAGCAGCCAGGCGGCUGCGGCGUCAGAAAGCGCAAUGAUAGUUGUGGCGUCGGCCAACUCGCUUUUGAUGAGACCGCGUGGAGCGAGGGCUGUACUUGAGCUGCCGUACAUCGAGGACCGGGUGGAGAGCGCCCGGCGGUCGAUGAUUAAUCUUGCCGAGGCGCAGGAGCGAUGGAACGCCGCGGUUGUUGCCCACCAGAUGGAGGCGACCACAUACGAUUACUGCUUGGCCAAGCACGAGGAGCUUGUGCAGGAGUUUAUGGUGUAUCUCGGAACUGGGGCGUAGCCAAGUGUGGAUGCUCGGGCGUGGCCACGGCCCAGCCAAACAACGCAGGGCAUGUGAUGCGCAAGUGGCUGGGACUGCUUCUCCAAACGGUGUAAACAGAGUCUCCUUA